AGAUCAUGUCAGGGCGGCCCAGAACCACCUCCUUUGCAGAGAGCUGCAAACCAGUGCAGCAGCCUUCAGCUUUUGGCAGCAUGAAAGUUAGCAGAGACAAGGAUGGCAGCAAGGUGACAACAGUGGUGGCAACUCCUGGACAAGGUCCAGACAGGCCACAGGAAGUCAGUUAUACAGACACUAAAGUGAUCGGGAAUGGGUCGUUUGGUGUAGUAUAUCAAGCCAAACUUUGUGAUUCAGGAGAACUAGUUGCCAUCAAAAAAGUACUGCAGGACAAGAGAUUUAAGAACAGAGAGCUCCAGAUCAUGAGAAAGCUAGAUCACUGUAACAUAGUCCGAUUGCGUUAUUUCUUCUACUCCAGUGGAGAAAAGAAAGAUGAAGUAUAUCUUAAUCUGGUGCUGGACUAUGUUCCUGAAACAGUAUACAGAGUUGCCAGACACUAUAGUCGGGCCAAACAGACGCUCCCUUUGAUCUACGUUAAGUUGUACAUGUAUCAACUGUUUCGAAGUUUAGCCUAUAUCCAUUCCUUUGGAAUCUGUCAUCGGGAUAUUAAACCACAGAAUCUCUUGCUUGACCCUGAUACAGCUGUCCUAAAACUUUGUGACUUUGGAAGUGCGAAGCAGCUGGUUCGAGGAGAGCCCAAUGUUUCAUAUAUCUGCUCUCGCUACUAUAGAGCACCAGAGUUGAUCUUUGGAGCAACGGAUUACACCUCUAGCAUAGAUGUAUGGUCUGCGGGAUGUGUAUUGGCUGAACUGUUGCUAGGACAACCAAUCUUUCCAGGAGACAGUGGUGUGGAUCAAUUGGUGGAAAUAAUCAAGGUCCUGGGAACACCAACACGAGAGCAAAUUCGAGAAAUGAAUCCAAACUACACUGAAUUCAAAUUUCCUCAGAUUAAGGCACAUCCUUGGACUAAGGACUCGUCAGGAACAGGACAUUUCACCUCAGGAGUUCGGGUCUUCCGACCCAGAACUCCACCUGAGGCAAUUGCAUUAUGUAGCCGUCUGCUGGAAUAUACCCCGACUGCCCGAUUGACACCCCUGGAAGCUUGUGCACAUUCAUUUUUUGAUGAAUUACGGGACCCAAAUGUCAAAUUACCAAAUGGGCGAGAUACACCUGCACUCUUCAAUUUCACCACUCAAGAACUGUCAAGUAAUCCACCUCUGGCUACAAUCCUUAUUCCUCCCCAUGCUCGGAUUCAAGCAGCUGCUUCAACCCCUACAAAUGCUACAGCAGCUUCAGAAAUCACCAACAACAAUUCAUCAGUCACAUCUGCAAGUUCUUUCAGUGCCCUGGAAUGUACUUUUGGACCUGGUGACUUGAGCCUCACUGAGAGCAUUUAGCUCUUACCAUCUCUUCAGUCAUUGUGUAUCCUUUGAUGCUAAUGCAGGAGAUCGAGGACAGACCAAUAACGCAGCAUCAGCUUCAGCCUCCAACUCCACCUGAACCAGCACCAGGCAGCCAGCUGUGCAGGAAAACUCGCCGGCCACUUGGGUUUCACUCAGCAACACUGGUCACGUUGGGAAAGAAAAUUAAAGAGAAAAAAAAAAACCUUGUUCAUUUUAGUGUUCAAUUUUUUUAUUAUUGUUGUUCUUAUUUAACCUUGUAAAAUAACUAUAAAUACAAACCAGUUUCAUUGUAUUCUCACUUUGAGGGAUUUCCAGGGGCUUGGGAGGGGUCGUAGGGAGGGGACAAGCGGAGCAAUAGAACAUGAAAUAACUCCCGCGACAAUCUUUUUUUCGGGAAAGUCUGCUGUUGUGUACUUUUAAAAGCAGGACUCUUGCCUCAUGCCCCUUUCCACAAACGAAGAAAACUAUUCUGUGCUGAAAAGUUUUGGGGAAUUUUCUUUUCUUUUUUUCAGUCAAAGUGUCAGACAUUGGUAUAGUGCACAGCUUGAAUUUGGUUGGAGCUUAGCAGGUGUAAUUCAUUGGGGGCUUCAGUGUUGCUUGUAAAAUUAAUCCAUAUCCUAGGGUAUUUGAAGAAUUGCCUUUGGCAUGUUGGGGUGGGUGUGGCAGAUAAUAAUAUGAAAUGUGUCACAUUCAUCACCAAGGGAGGCAAUUGAGUUUCAAGUUUGGAGCUACACUUGGAAUGUUUUCAGGGGGGUUGCUUAUUUUUUUUUUUUUAAUUUUGCUCUUACAUCAGGGUGAGAGAAACCUACAGUGUCACACAUGAUAGAAAGUUGUCAGAUGAGAAGAAGCAAGCCAGAGCUUAGCUCUCUUAGCCAUACAAGAGGAUGCUUGUUUGGCUAACUGAAGGCUUUCUGCCUAAUCUCAGCCUAGCUUUUGAGUAGUGAUCAAGAAAGGCUAAGGAAAGGAAAGUUAGGUGAGCAGCUUUGGUCUGCAGAAGAGAAAAAAGCAGGUGAAGAACUGUGUCCUUUGAGAAGGGGACAGCUUAGGGGCUCUUUGGCAAAUGGCCACUGUGAAUAUAUUUUUCCAGGUUUUGCUCUAAAAUUGCUUCCCUUGCAAAGAUACACCAUGAGAGGACACUAUAGUUUAUAAUGUGAACUGUAACAGUCUACUGGUUUAUUUUUCAUAAUUUUUUAUUGAAAGUUGAGCUUGCAAAUUGCCACAUUCUAUACAUAGUUCUAAUUUUAAAUCCAAAUCUAGAAUCUAUAUUUAAUUUCAUCCUUUUUUAACCUCAUGCUUUUAAAUUUUUAUUUAUUGAUGCAUGUCAGAUAUGCCAUUAUGAUAUUAAAAUGGUAAAAAUAUUAAUAAACUAGGCAUCAAAAUUAUAUAAAAAGUACUUGUACCUGCUGACUUAUAGGAAAGCUGAUUAUAUAAAUGUGUGUGUAUAUAUAUUAUAUAUAUACAUGUAUACAUAUAUUCAAUACUGCUUUUUUAUUUUUUUGUCUACAAUAUGAAAAUUGUCUGAUUGAAGCAUGAGAAUGCUUUUUUUUUUCCAGUUAAUUAUCUUGUUCUAUUUUCUUUCUGUAUCAGUGAAUGAUGUCAGAUUCAAAGUCUCUGUUUUUGAAGUAAAAGCAAUAUUCCUUGGAAAGUCAGGAGGGUGGAUGGAUUAUAUUUGCAAUGUAGAAAUAGUCUUUUCAGAACUGGUCUGUUUUAUACUUGUGAGUUUGGUGUCCAUGUGGGCCUUAUAUACUCACUAAAAUGAACCUUAGUCACCUUGGUGCUUAUGGGCCAUUACUUGACCUGUGACUCUUUAAGGCACAAUCAGUUGUAUUUUACAUUUAAAGAUCAUUUUAAGUGAUGGCCCCUUCCCUCCUGCCUACCCUUUCUCAAACACCUUCCAAGGAUAAACUAGCAACAACAGGGCUGGCUGCAAAAUUACUGCUAGGAGGCUAAUCUUUCUCUGAGUGUGCAACCUGCCCUUAAGACCCUCCUCAUUACUACAGUAAGUCAUGUAGGGAUUUGAAUUUCUCACCUUCCGACUCAUUUGGAAGAAGAUUAGUUCUGGAAAUGGGCACGGUAAGCUCUACUGCCCUCCUGUUGGACAAAGAGGGUGUCUGAGAGACGGUUGCUUCCUGCUGAGAGGAACUGAUACCCAGAAAGAAAACUAUGAGCCAUCUUAGUUUUCACUCAUUAAGCUAUGCUUUCGGGGGUAUUUGAAAGUGCUAGGUAUAUGAUAGUACAGGAAAGAAACACACACACACACACGCACAUAUAAACAUGCAAAAAAAAAACCCCACAAAUAUUCUGAGUUUUGAUUAGAUAUUACAAAUAAUUAGAAUCUGAAAGAAGUCUGAAUUUAUGAAACUUGCCAGCAGAAUCCCCUAAAGGGAACGAGGGCUUUAAUCACUUUCCCAAAAGAAUUUAUAGAAGAUUUAAAAGGCUGAUUAGUGACUAAUAAUGGAUAUGCUUUAAAACAAUGCCCAGCCUCAAAUUUGGAAAAAAAAAACAUUUCUCUGGACUUGGAUAGUAUUUUCCAAAGUCCGUAAAAUCACUGCUUAUAUCAGGAAACACUUUUGUGUCUUUUUUUCCCUAAGGAUGAGAGGAAGAAGAGGAGGAGGGAAUAAGAGGGAAAUGUAAGCGCUUUUCUCUCAUUUUUAUUUUAUUUUAUGUGUGUGAGGGCUGAGGUCCGAUGAUUUUACUUUCUCAAGGAUCAUGGCAGGAUCACAGAACUCUUUUAUACAAGUGAGAUCCAGGUCUCUGAAUAUCUUUUUGUAAAUAAUAAUAAUAAUAAUAAUAAAAAGCUCCUCACCAAAUUCAAGCUUGUACAUUAUAUUUUCUUUUGAUGUUUUUAAAUUUAAGUUUUAUUGUUUUGUAUGUAAAUAUGUGGACCCAGGAACUGUUAUUAAUGAGCAAAAAGUUACUGUUCAGGGCAGUGAUUCUGUUUAAUAAUCAGACAAAAUGUAGACGAGCUUUUUAAAGCCAUAUAGUUUUAACUCUGUACAGUAGGUACCGGCCUGUAUUAUUGUAACAAUAACUCUAGCAAUGUAUAGUGUAUCUAUAUAGUUUGGAGUGCCUUCGCUUCCAUGGUUCGUUUUUGGUUUUGUUUUAUAAUUUUGUUUCCCUUUUCUGUGUCCCCAUUCCCUCUUUUAACUAAUGUCUCACAAAGCAGCAUUUAACCCUUCCCACAGCUGUUAUGAGUGCUGUUAAGGUUUCAGUGAUACCAUGCUUAGUAGUGGAAACAGAGGAAACCACGUUCUAACUCGUUUUACUCACACCCUGACUUUGUUUUGGCUCUGAAUGUUGGUUUCCUCCCCAGUAGCAGUGACCGGUUUCAUUAUUUCACACAUUACCCACCCAGCACCAAGUUGCCCUAAAGCUGGGGCAGGGAUCAGCUAGAUUAGAUUUUGCUCGUCUUUCCCCAAGCCCUACAUCUAGGAAUCUUGUAAACAGCAGAUUCUGGGAGCCUUCCUUUGGGUUCAUUUUCUCUCUUCUCUUUCCCUCCCUCUCUUCCUUCCUUCCUUCUUUCCUUACUUCCUUCUUUCUUUCCUUUUUUCCUUCUUUCCUUCCAUCCUUUCUUCUUUGUUUCCUUCCUUCUCCCUAUCCCUUCCCCACUGAGAGAGAGAAUUUGAUUUUAUGAAUGAAAAAUAUCUUCAUAGGACCACAGCUCAACAUAAAAAUGGUUCAGAAUGUCAUAUUGUAAUAAAUGGUGGCUACAAUGUGUAGGACAUUCCAGUUAAGAUACUGUUGUUUUAACAAGAACUCUUAGCUUGCUCCCUUCUUGCCACUCUCACCCCUUCCAGUAAAAUGUCAUUUAUAAAUCUUGAUUAAAAUCAGUUUUAUUUUUAUGUACCCAGCACAAAGGCUUUUUUUCUUAAGGAAAAAUACAAUCAUUUGUUUUGCCUCCAAGUAUUCCACAUACAAUGUCUUGAAGAGAAGAAAGAAAAAAAAAAACUUUACCAAACCAAAGGUUGCUAUUUUUGACACAUCUUGUUGUUCAUUCCAGCAAGGCAAAAGACGGCACCUUUUUUUUUCUGGUGACGUGACAGUGAUGUAAUUUUUUUGUUUUGUUAACAGUCCACUCGAUUUUUUAAAAAGAUAUUUUUUGGUUUAUUUUUUAGCAAAGAAGUAUGGCUGACCAGUCAUUUUGUCUGCACUAAUGCAAAGGUUUCUGAGAAAACUAUAUUCUCUGACCCUGUGGAUAUCAAGACACUGGUAUUAUUAUGUUUAGAAUUUCUUGCCAUUUUCUUUUGAAGAAUCUAACUUUAGACAUUCUUUAAAAAAAAAAAAAAGUUUGGCCAGUGCUAAAUCCCCAAUAAUUGACAUUUGUUUUAACAAAACAAUUGCAUUGGGUUCCUCCAGUUCAUGUUUAGCAAAGUUCUAAAUCUUGAAGGAGCCAAACUUUUCCCCAUACACAAAAACCAAGCAUCCAUUACCAGUAUUUUAGUCUUUUCUGGUAGAAACCUGAGCCAUUGAAAGUAAAACAGACAACUUAGAAGCACAGACAAGUAACCAGACCAGGGCCUGCCUUUCUGAAGUUUUGAAAAGUAAUCCCUGGGGUUUGGAUUAUUUUCACAGGGGUUAUGCCCAACAUUAUUCAAGUUUUGUCGCUCCAUUUUGCACCUCUGCAAUAAAAGCAAAAUGACAAACCAUGCAUAAGGGGUUAGCUUGAAAAGUAGCUUCCUUGUGUUAAUUCAUUCUAAACUUUUUUAUAUAUCUGUCUACAAGGAGAUGCAGAUAGAUGUAUGAAAAUGUGCUUGCCUGUAAAAUUUGCAUUUAUAAAUGUGUUGCCGAUGGAUCACUUGGGCCUGUACACACACCGAUUAGCGUGACCACUUCCAUAUUAGAAACAGAAAUCUAAAUAUAUAUAAAUAUAUAUAUAUAUAUAAAGGACUGUGGGUUGUAUACAAACUAUUGCAAACACUUGUGCAAAUCUGUCUUGAUUUAAAGGAAAAAGCAAAACCUGUAUAACAUUAUUACUACUUGAAUGCCUCUGUGACUGAAUUUUUUUUUUUUCAUUUAAAUAUAUACUUUUUUGUGGACAGUAUGCUUAAUGUUUUUUUUUUUUUCCUUCCCCCAUUCCCUUGUAAAUACAUUUUGUUCUGUGUGACUCAGUUUGGAAAUAGUUAACUGGUACUGUAAUUUGCAUUAAAUAAAAAGUAGGUUAGCCUGGAAAUGAAAUUCAAA